UGGUGAAAAUAGAUAAUCAAGACCAAAGCAGCGGGAGCAAGAGAGUGAGAGAAAAAGGACGAGCUUUGAGAAGUGAAACAGUAGAAAGAAGGAGAAAACCUGAAUCGUAGCCGUUGUGGGGGAGUUAAAAAGAAUAAAAAAGAUCACACACCAUCUGUGGCAAAUAGGCAGAGACGGCUGUUAGCGGUAAUCGAGGGGAAGGGCCAGUUGCAAUAGCAGCAGCCGUAGCAGCAGGUUGAAGGCAGCAUCAUCCGCACGGUAGCCAACGUAGUAACAACCUUCCACCAGAAGAAAUUGUGUUUCAGAUUCCAGUGUGGAUAAGCCGACCAGCGCAGGCAGACAGUGGUGUGACAGCCCCGUUUGCCCUCUGUGACGAUCGCCAGCUGCAAGGUGGAAUAGAUCCAGCAAAUAAGUGUGCGUUAGUGCGUGUGAAGUGCGUUAGUGCCAGCGAGACAAGGACACGGUAUCCAGACACAAAGUGUGCGCCCGUUUUCCCCCUACCCGCCCUACCCCAGGACUCUCAACCGUACUGCUACGCGAGCUCCGAAACGACAAAUAUCGAUCGGACGAGUGCUGCUCAAUCGAUAGGCAUACUCGAGAUCGGUCGGCAGCAUCGCUCAGGUGUGGUGUGUGUGUGUGUGUGUGGUACAACUGUUAGCAGCGAACAGUGCGUGCGUGCGUGCGUGCUAAACGAUUCAAACAUCUCCAUCUCUCUCCCACUCCCAUCCGUCGCGUUGUGCACCAGUGCUCGUCGUCGCCUGAUCCCGCGGUUUUUGCUGCUUUUCGUUUUUCGUUCGUUCGUUCGCGUGCGGCCACCGCAUAUAUCCGCAAGUGCAAGUGCAACGAGGUGUACUCCACGUAGCAGUUGAGCAGGGAAGGAAGUCUCGGAGUAAAAUCGGAAGCAAAAGAAGCGAAGCAAUCGGCUUAGAAUUCGCGAGUGAAAACGCAGCGUUAAGAGAGUAAUACAAUCGGCACCGCUCUGCUGCUAUUUUGCGGAAGCUGCUCCUCCGGUGUGCGUGUGCGGCCUGUGCUUGUGUACCGAACCGUGUGUGUGCACGGUAGCAGUGCAGCAACAGCAGCAGUUGUAGUAGUAGUAUUAGCAGUAGUCGACGUGGUGCGUACGUGUGUGCCAUACGCGGUAGUAGACGGCUAACUGUGUGUCCAGCGCAGUCCGCCCUCCAUCUAUUCUUUUCCCGCGCGGUGUAUCAACGGAAAAUUGGUUUUCAUGAUAUCUGCUUGGAUAAAUCCCUAUAAUGAGAAGUGCGGAACUUUAAAAGUUCCCGACUCUUACUCCCAACGGAUCAUGGACAGCUAUCAUGUACAGACGCAGCAGAACAGUUACGGCAACAGCUGCACGAAUGGCACCACCGGCCGCCACGGCGGUGCCGCCGGACCAACGACGACGAUCUACACCAAUGCACACGCCUACCCGGUGGCUUCGUUCAACUACGCCACGAUGAGCUACGCGCACUCGGAGGGUGGCUCCGUGUCGCCGCCACCGUCGCCCCGCUCGAACAGCUCCAUCUCGUCGGCCUACUCGUCCGCAUCGUCCACGGCCGCCUCCCUGUCGGCGGCCUCGUCCGGCUCGUCCUCGUCGUCCGCUUCGUCGUCCUCGUCCUGUAUCUCGUCGGCCGGUUCGGAGACGGGCGCCUCCUACGAGCAUCUAGACAUCACGGCCCAGCGGUUAGCGGUGCUGUCGUUCGAGCAGGUGAUGAAGCUGAACGACGUCAUGAACGAGCCGGUGUCGAUACACGGCCGCGGCAACUUCCCGACGCUCGAGGUGAAGCUGAAGGAUCUGGUCAACAUUGUGCGCGAGAAGCUCGAGGCGGACGUCGUAGCCGGCGGUGCCGGCAUGACGGUAAAGGACAUCCGUCUGAACGGUGGCGCAGCUAGUCAUGUGUUGGCGUCCGAGCCGCAGCCAUACAACGAUCUCGAUCUGAUUUUCGCCGUCGACUUCAGCACCAGCCGGAGCUACGAUCGCGUCAAGUCGGCCGUGCUGUCCUCGCUGCUCGACCUGAUGCCGGAGGGCGUCGUCAAGCGCAAGAUCACGCAGUGCUCGCUGAAGGAGGCGUACGUCGGCAAGAUGGUGAAGGUGAACAGUGAUGGCGACCGCUGGAGUCUCAUCUCGCUCGGCAACUCGCCCGGCCACAAGAACGUGGAGCUGAAGUUUGUCGACACGAUGCGCCGGCAGUUCGAGUUCAGCGUCGACUCAUUCCAGAUCGUCCUCGACUCGCUGCUGCUGUUCUACGACUGUGCCGAGAUGCCGAUGAUCACGGAAAACUUCUACCCGACGGUGGUGGGCGAGUCGGUGUACGGCGACUUCCAGGAGGCGCUGUACCAUCUGCAGAAGAAGCUGAUCUCGACGCGCCAGCCGGAGGAGAUCCGUGGCGGCGGGCUGCUCAAGUACUGUAACCUUCUGGUGCGCAACUACGUCCCGGUGGACCCGCAGCGCAUCAAGACGCUCGAGCGGUACAUGUGUUCGCGGUUCUUCAUCGACUUCCCGGACAUUGGCCAGCAGCGCAGCAAGCUGGAGUCGUACUUGAAGAACCACUUCUUCGACGAGGGCGAGGAGCACCUGCAGCACCAGUACCUGAUGCAUUUAUUCGAGGUCGUCGAGCAGUCGACCGUAUGUCUGAUGGGACACGAGCGCCGCCAGACGCUCAUGCUGAUCGAUUCCCUUGCCAUGGAGAUCUUUUACCGCGAUCAGCAGCAGCAGCAUCAGCAGCAACAACAGUCAUCGGCCACCCUCACUCAGCAGCAACAGCAGCAGCAGCAACAGCACACCACGCUGCAGCUGCAGACGCAAAUGUCCCAUCUGUCGCUGUCUCCGCAGCAGCUCUCCCCCCAGUCGCCCACACUGAUGGCCCAUUCGCCCAACCACCAUCAGCACCAGGCGCAAACACAGCAGCAGCAAUCGCAGCAGACAUCUCCACAGUGUGCGACGUCGGCACAGCAAGUACAACAGUCUCAGCAGUCGCAGCAGCCACAGACGCAACAACAGACGACUGCGAUCGCCCAGACCCAGGCCAUCGCGCUGGCACCGCAACCGGGCCUGCUGUAUGCGAACGGUAUCUACUACGCUCCGCUCAUUCCCUACACCCAGUGCACGUGUAACAGCUGGAUAACGACGUGAUUAGUGAGCCCGCUGCCGGCGGUGGCAGGCCACAGUAGUAGCAUCAUCAGCAUUGCAGGCACCGACCUAUCGCCGGAAUUAACCGUCGAAACAUCACCAUCCACACCACCACCACCACCACCACCACCACCACCACCAACAUCAUCAUCAUCGUUAUCAUCAUCAUCCUAUCUUCCCGGUCCAUCGCAGUCCCCAGCGCUACUAGUUUCACCCUCAACAAGCGCAACGAUCACACAGGAAUGUCCUUUCACCGCCGGCUGCACGCUCGGGAGUCGCCUUUCGGCGCCCUACUUCUCAUCGCCGGCUUGCCUAGCAAGUGAUGCGGCACGAGGAUCCGGCAGACAGCAGCAACAGCCCAUCACAACCGCCACCCUUUCGAUUGUUCCGGUGGAUUUGCAGUCAUCGUCUCUGUCACCAGCCUCACCAACGGCAUCGUUGUCGUCGUCGUCGCCGUCAUCGCACCCAUCGUACGUGUACGCUGUCCCCGGCGAUCACUGCUACUACUACUAUCCCUGUCAACCAGAACUUCUGCUAGAGGAUGGUUCCGAGCGAUGAUCAUUCAAUACAUCAGUAAGCGGAGUCCUACGAGGCUGUGACUAAAACGAAGAAGAAUGCGGAAAACAGAGAUAGCAACGCAUGCCAAAAAACGUAUGCAAAACAGCCACAGUUUUGGAUGUUUGUGAGUAGAAGCGGAUGAAAAAUGGUAGGGAAUCUUCCGAACGAUUUUUAACCUUCUCUGAUAGUCGAGCUCUGUCCUGUCUCGAGGGCACUAUACAGAUGGUCACGUUCGCAAUAACGAUUCACAAUGCGUGCUUGCAGUACUGCAACUGCGUCUUGGGCGCCACCGUUUUGCGCCACGACCCUAGUGCGUAGCGUUUAAUUGAUAAGACGCAAACCGACGGACAAGCAAACACAAAACAAUAUGGCGAUCGAAUUUUUAAUACUAUGCAACUAUCAAACAAAAUUAAAAAAAGCAUAAUAUCGAAGGUAAAAGCGGGGGACGACAAAAACAGGAACAAGAUGUAGACUUUGAACAAACCUCCAACACGAAGCGAAUCAUGCAUUGGCAUGUGCGGUGAAGUAAAAGUUAGCGAAGCGGUAGAUAAAAAAACAACAACACACAACAAACAAACUAGUAGUACAAGAAACAGGAAUGGGAAUUAUAUUGCGUAGCCUACGAAUUUGAAAUAUCUGUACGUUACAAACAAAAUAAGCGGAAAUAUAAAUUUGAAGUAUUUUAUGAAAAACGCGCACCACCACCAUAAGAAGCUAAAACAAAAUAAUUAGAGUAUCUCAAAAAUGAACGAAAUUAGUGCACACAAGUCCCGGGAUUGUUGCUAUCGAUUGGUUUUGUUUGUAGAAAUGGUGCACUGUCAUCUGUUCUUGUGGCAUCUUCAGUUUGUUAUGCUCAUUUCAACACUCGAUAUCUCAUGUGGACCUGUGACUAUCAUUCGAGUGUUCGAGUGCGUUUUUUUUUUUUGCUAAACUCAGAACAAACAGAUCGCUGAACUAUCGCACCUGUUUACGUCAUUGUCCAAAGUAUCCUUACUUUGUGUGUGUGUGUUUUAAGGGGUUUCCCCACUUUCUAUUCUUGUGCGGAUCGUGCGGAGAAACGUGUUAGGUAAGGCAGAAGAAGGAAGGGCGUAAUCGGACACUGUGAUUUGGGAAGGGUGCGGGAGGAUAUUUGUGCGUCUGUUUGUACACCGCGCGAACGCGGCACAAUCGAACCGGGCAAACCACUUAACGAUAACAAGCAAUUCAACCCACAGGCUCAUUGCGCGGGAACGUGUUCAUUUCGAUGUAACUUCGAUGGUGUUUGUUCAUGUUUGUGUGUGAGUGUGUGCGUAUACAUGGCUAUUUCCGGUGUGCUAGUCUUUUCUUUAAACAUGUAUGUUGUGACGUUUGCUGUCAUCGACCCCCACCAACUUACCCGUGGGGCGAUUGGCGAAGAUCAUUGCGAUCUCUGCUUGGUGUAUGGAAUAUCGUGCCAUUGUUUUCGGACUUUGAAGUAUGCAGUGAAAGCAGAGAAUAUUUCCGUACGGGACGUAACGCACCCAUAGCUAACCAUUCGCGAUCAAUUGUACUCCAUUUUAUGUGUAAUUAAAAAUUACUACAGAGCCAAGCUAACAAACAAAACCCCACACCAGCGCAUAGAUCUGUGCAUGUACUUAUCAGAGACCGUUUUAUCCGCCCGUCUUGCAUUACCGAUCGCUGAAGCAUACGGGGGCAAAUGUUACCACUUUUAACUGAUCCCGCCGGAUGAUGGCGAACAAAACGAGUGUCCAGCACCACAACCGGCAAAUGAUGCUGUAAAUAAUUGUAAAGAAAUCACGUACUGAAGACUGCUGUUUACGUAAGAACAAAAAAAACCCAAUGCAUCACGUGGUGAAUGCAUUCAAGUGUGCGAUUGAUGAACACUAUGAUGUAUGACUGGUCUGGGUGAGUGUUCGCUCAAUUUUGGAUAUGUUUCAUCCUACUCUUUCUCUCCUUAUCGGCGAGGCAGAGUAAAGCUGUUGUAAUUAAUACAACAACAACAACAACAAAAACUACAAAAUGUACGAAAUGCGAAGGCCACAGGAUCUCACAAACGAUUUGCCGAAGCGUUACAGCGUCUAUGGGAAAAGCGUCACUUAGAGAAAGGAGUCGUUCGACCUUUUAGCGCUUCCGUGGUUGUUGUGGAUGUUGGAACUAUCGGGGAUUCGGGAAGGAUAAGAAAAACUGAGCACAGUCGCCAACACGAGCGACAGAAAACUACAGCUCCACAGAUAUACAUAUAUUUUGGAUUGCAUGUUUGUUGAGGAAGCGCUAGACUUCAUUUAUUUACCGGAGCGUCUAGCAACCUUCCCUCUUCUACCGGGACAUAGAGGGAACGUGGGGUGGGUAGCUGUGGAUGGAGAUGUACAUGGGAUGGUGUAGCAAAAAUGGUGUAGAUGGUGAAACAGAGAAGCUUAAAAAAUGAACGAUGAAAUGUGAAAAAGUAGUUAUGCAAAGUUGGCGAGAUAAUAAAAGUAACAGAUGAUGUGUAAGAAGAAAAGCAAGAAGAAGUAAAAGAAGAAAAAUGUAGAAGAAGAACAUCAGGAUGAGAAACAAAACAAAAAAAUCUAAUUACUGAGACAUGGCUGUGUUUAUUCCUCCUCACAAUUUGUUUUUAAGAUGCUAUAGAUACCAGCGAUGCGUAACGAAUGUUGAACGGGAAACGAGAGUGAAAUUCUGGCUUAGUAGUGUGAGCGUUUCUGCGGGAAAGAAGGAGUUUCGUGGUCGUUCGGUAGACAUGAAUCGAAAGCGGAAGUGGACGGAUAAGAAAAGGAGUGGUUUAAAAACGCAGAAGAUAAGCAUUAAUAAUACAACUGCGACACGAGAAACGUUCACGGAAGAUGCGCGAAGCACGAUGCUGCUGCUAAAAAAUGGAAGGAGAUCAAGAUACAAACAAACAAAACAAAACAAAAAUGGCACUAUUGUAAACGCAAGAAACCCGAUAGACUGUUGGGAUGUUGUAGGUGAUAACAUCGGCGAUAGGAGGAACACACACGACACUCAUUGUUAAUGCAUAUAUGCUUUUAAACUAAAUAUUUGUCCAAAUGUUAAUUGACUGAUGUGGCUCGUGACUUCCCGCUCCCCGCUCCCCCUCUCCUGUGUGGGGGGGCUGAGCGCUAGAGAGACAAUGAAGGGACGGGAUGGGAGUGUGCUGUAUGGGUGUUAGAAAGAGGGGAUGAACACAUCAGCAGAUUGAAACGAGAUUUCAGAAGUGUUGCAAAAAAAUGCUGGUAAAUGUACGUAUUUUACUUAACAUGUUGAAAUGUUGGCACAUUCGGUUCACGAAAAAAGGGUCCGAAAACAUCAACAAGAGAGUUAAAGAUUUGCUGUGUAUGUGUGUAUGUGUAGGUGAAGAGCAGAAGAAAAGAGUACAGUGGUAUGCGUAUACUAUUAGCCCGGAGUACGAUUGAACAUGAAGUGCGUGUUGCUGCCGUGCCAGUUACACGAAGCGAGCAGCAAAACUCACAUCAAACUUUCCAAAUAGCGCCAUGCCGAGAUAGGAAGCAAAAAGUAAGAGUUAAAAAAAUGAAUGUUACAACAUACAAAACUAUAACGCUACGGUAACAGCAAUUAAAACUACAGAGAGCAAGCAAAAAACAACAACAGAAAACAAGGAAACCUUGUAAACAACAAUUAAGUAAUGAAAAACAAGACAUACAAAUACAAAAACAUAUAAAACUAGAGCAACAGACAUAAAAACAACAGAAAAAAAUAGUAAAGUCUCAACAAAGAACACAACACAAAAAAAGUUCAUCAUAAAUAGUGUUAAUUAAAAAAAAACAACCAUACAAUGACUACUAUGCAUUAAACGAUUUAUCCAAGCUCUAUCGCGUUACGAGAGACGUGUUAGAAUAAAUCGAUGUCUUGCCAACAGUUAGGGACCGCACGAGCCUCUCUGAAAGCUCCUUGACGACUGGAAUCGGGAAACCAGAAGACGACGGACAAACUAGUAGUAGACCGACGACAAUACACACUACAAAAAGGACAUACACUUUUAAACUUCAACACUAACUUCCAACUCUCAAAUCCAUCGCUAUUCGAAAGCUUACGAAUGUUGCUAGCGGCAAGCCGGCAAGCAGGGGCCGUAUUCUUAUCAACACCUUGUUACGUCCAUUGGUUGUCGAGAAGGUGCGAGCGGGAGAGAGAGAGAGAGAGAGAGAGAGAGAGAGAGAGAGAGAGCGAGAGAGAGAGAGAGAGAGAGACGCAAACUAAGAACACAAACCGCCCGCCAGCACGAAAAUCGACCUGAUCGGUAGACAACUAUUAUUACCGUAAUUCUAUGUUUGUUUUGCUUAGUUUAUGAUACUAUGUUGAUUAAUUUGUUAGGUUAAAGCGAAUAAUCUACCACAAACGUUCAGAGAACAAACCAUACAAGCUAUGUUGUUCCAUUCGAAUAACUCUCACUCUCUUUAGAGUGGUAGUUUUUUUUUCGUCAACGGAGGUUUCAUGUUGGUCUCUCUGUACCUUUUUUUCACCUUCAUUCGAUAUGAAUUAAAACCAACGUGAAACUGGAACCGGUAACCCCGAAACACGGUGCAACGAUCCGCGCAGAAGCGCAAAAAACAACCAAAAAAGCCACGAACUUCAAUCUAAAUUACUGACUCAAAACACACUAUCGUGCUUUUUGCACUCCGCAUAGGAGAUCCUGGGUCGUCUCCGGAUUGGUCCUUGCGGAAACCCAGAGUAACAGCUUCUGGGGACACAAUAAUGAUUUUGUACAUCAUUAUUGCCAUCCUACAACGGAGAGUUGAUGCAACACUCACUCACACAUACACACACCCGGUGAUCGUGGUUAUCGGAUUAACGACUGAUUGUAAAAUCCUGAAGAGAAAUUGAUAAUUCGUAUUAGGACAACACCUUAUUUUUUGAGUUCUAUCCUACCGGGUUGGGUUAGCAAUAUCAUGUCAAGUGCGCGGAAAGAAGGCAACCAACGGGAGGGCAACUCCGAUAAAAUGCGAAGGAAGACAGCAGGAGCUCAGUGACAUGAAACGGAAUAUUAAAGAAAACGAACACACAUACAUACAAACACACUGAGCUGAAGAAAUGGAGACAGCGGGAUCAGACAAAACACACACAACACAUUUUUUGCAUUCCUUUGGUUCUUUAGUUUGUAACUUCGAUUGCUACUAAUACUGUUCACGAAACACUCUAAUCAGUAAGACCGAUGUACGGGGGUUCGGCUGGAAAAUGUAGCAAGAGAGAGAGAGAGAGAGAGACUCUUUGCAAAACACAGAAAAGUUCCCCCCGCAUGAACACUUUUUAAACUGCAAUAGACGUAAAGCUCUUGUGAGCAGCAAAAUUCCACACCUAACACUAAACGAGCAUUCAAAACAGAAGGCAGAUUACUGGAAAAUACACACAUACACGCUCCACACGCAGAAAAGAAGAACCGGGUGUUGACAGCUUGCAAAGCAACUUGAAAGGACGGCGUAAGCAAAUGUCUAAUGAAUGAAUAGCGAAGAUCAAACAGAACAAACUGAAAAGGUGUAAACGAUUCCCAACCAUCUACAAUAUUCGGUGGUAAAAGGAUUCGUUGCAAGCAAAACUAAAAAAAACAACAAACAAAACAAACAAACCCUCUUCUACCUAAUACCUUUAAAUGAAUGUGGAUAAAUCUAUGCGAAAGAUAAAUACGUAUGACUACAAACAUACAAAACAAACAAAAACAAAAAUACCAAGGCAAGGACAUUGAGAUCGUGUUAGAUUUCUGUCAAAGCGUUCUAAUCUAAUGUGAAGAGUAUAAAAAAUCUUACACACAAAAAAAAAACAAACAAACAAACAAACUAUAUUGCAAAAUGCAAGCAAAAAAAAGUACAUUAAAAAAUUGUAUGAAAAAAUGUGAAAAAAUACAUAAACUUGUGAAGUUAUUACAAACUAGAAAUAUUACUAAGAAGCAGUAGUACAGUACACAGUACCAUUAGUAAGAUGUAAGAGGCAUCCGUAUUGCGAUUUAAGGGCACGCACGUUUUCCGUUUCUGUUGCCCUCUGUCCGCCAACCCUGCUCUCGGUCCCAUUUGCCGACGAAAGGGGAAGGGUAGGUAAGGGGUGCAGCGGAGGUUGAUCGAUCGAUCGGGAGGAGUGAUUCUAUUGUUGCGACAGCAGUGUAAAAUGUUUUAAAGACAGGAACCUGAAAUCAAAACGAAAACAAAAAAGUCCAUGGCAGCGACUAUGCAGAUAUGAUUAGGAAGGGCGAAGCCGCAAACACAGAAGAGUUGGUCUCUUUCAGCCUUCAGCUUACGAAGAGAGCCUAAGAUACACAACAACGCACUGGUCUCACAGCAGUAAGUCAGCAAAAUGAUACACAACAAGAAGCCCACUUACACCAGGACGGCAACACACACAAUCUAAGCAAGCCGUGUUGUAAAAAGGGUGAAAGCUAAAGAGCGAAAUGCAGCUGAAAUAGAGUGGGAAGGAGAGACAGUAGGCAAGCUGCUGUAAAUUGCGAACGCGCGUGCUGUAAACGUAAUAUUGAUGCAAUAUUGUAUCGUAUGUGUGCGUGUUUCAUUUCUCUUCAUCUGAUCGAGAUUUGCGAUCGAGAUUGUGUCGAAUGGCAGCGUUUUUAAGUUUGGACAAGGGUGGGUUAAAAGCUAAAACAAGAGAGCAAUCGGGAAGGACGUGAGGAGAUAAAAAAGGAGCUUGAUCGGGAGUGCAUCAUGCUGCACUGUAACGGACGGUAAAAGAGUGUUUAAGUUUGUUGCUUUGAGUCUCUUGAAUCUGUUCGAUAGGUAUGCUUUAAUACGACAAGAAAAAAAAAAACAUUGUCAUAAAUUCUUCCCAUUUAUAACACAAAGAAAAUCUUCCCAACUCGUAUCGUUUCCUCUUUCUUCGACUAAUAAGACCCCUCCAAUAUUGGAACUGCUAUUCGUGUAGCAUGAUGCACUCUCGACAAUGCACCCUUCCAACAGAAUGGAAACAGGAAAAUAGGAUAUUCUGAUGCUAAAAAUAAUAAGCAGCAUUAACAACAGAAAGAUAGUGUGGAGGGAGGAAGAUCGCGCUUGCUAGUGGGUGGUGUAGAGAAAAGGAACAUAUGAAGCAUGUGUCAUUAUAUAAAACAUAAUUUAAUUUACUAUUAUUACUAUUGAAAUAGAAAUAAAGAUUAGUUUUUUUCUGAAAAAUACCAAUAAAAAUGAUAAACAAACACAAAAAACUAAAA